UUCUCGCCAUUCUUGAUUGUGAACUGGAUCCUCCUGAUUCAUGAGCCCAUCAUCCCUUUCUCGGAGCAUUGUAUAAUGUCGUCGGAGAUCGAGGUGAUGGAAGAGGAGGAAUCCGGAUAUCAUCUCAAGAAGGCGACGCCGGUCGUAGUAGAAGAUGAGAGCUUGACAAACGACGUGUACACGGCCGCGGCCUACGGAGACAUGGAGAAGCUGCAGAGGCUGGUGGAGUGAGAAGGUUGCUUGGUUUCCGAGUCCGACGCCCUUGGUUACUCCGCCCUCCAAUGGGCUGCGCUUAAUAACCGAACGGCCGCUGCACAAUACAUCAUCGAGCAUGGAGGUGAUAUUAAUGCUUGUGAUCAUCAAGGCCAAACGGCACUACACUGGAGUGCAGUCAGAGGUGCAGUCCAGGUCGCUGAACUUAUGUUGCAGGAGGGUGCUCGUCUCUCUGUAACUGAUGUUAAUGGGUAUCAGACAACACAUGUUGCUGCACAAUAUGGUCAAACGGCUUUUCUUUAUCAUAUUGUCACAAAAUGGAGUGCUAAUCCUGAUGUUUGCGAUAAUAAUGGAAGAACUCCUUUACACUGGGCUGCUUACAAAGGAUUUGCAGACUGCAUACGUCUUUUGCUAUAUCUAAAUGCUUCUAGAGGACGCCAGGACAAACAAGGUUGCACCCCUCUCCACUGGGCUGCCAUUAGGGGUAACUUAGAAGCAUGCACCGUUCUUGUGCAAGCUGGAAAGAAGGAUGAUUUGAUAGUAUCAGAUAAUACUGGCCUUACACCUGCACAACUUGCUGCUGAUAAAAAUCACAAACAAGUAGCACUUUUCCUUGGAACUGCUAGGAAGUUGUUGGACAGACAGGACGGAAAGAGCUUUCUUGGCAAAUUCUCAAAAUUAGGACUUGCUCCAUUACUUUGGUUUAUAAUCUUGCUGCUACUUAUGACAUAUAUACAUUCAGUUGUUAUGGCUCCCAAUUUGCCAAGAUUAACAGCUGGUCUUGGUCUUUUUGCUUGGAUAGGCGUAUUCUUGACAACAGUUGGACUGGUUCCAUUUUAUAGAUGUAGCAGGAUGGAUCCUGGGUAUAUCAAAAUAAAUAUACAUGAUCCAGAAAACAUGAAAGAUGAAGAACCUUUACUGAAGAUUGAGAUGAAUAAUCCAACUUUGCUUGCUGGGAAUUGGUCCCAACUUUGUGUAACUUGCAAGAUUGUUCGGCCUCGACGUUCAAAGCAUUGUUCCACCUGUGAUCGUUGUGUUGAACAAUUUGACCAUCAUUGCCCAUGGGUAUCUACUUGCAUCGGCAAGAAAAACAAGUGGGACUUCAUCUUGUUUCUUGGUUUGGAAGUUUUGGCAAUGUUACUCACAGGAGCAGUGGCUCUUACAAGAAUUUUGACUGACCCAAUGGCUCCAUCUUCAUUUGGUGCGUGGUGGAACCAUGUCGGUGGUCAGCAUAUUGGUGCUUUAUCAUUCGUGAUUGCAGAUCUUUUCAUCCUUUCUGGUGUUGUAGCCUUGACUUGUGUGCAGGCCUCUCAGAUUGCUCGCAAUAUCACGACGAAUGAAUUGGCGAACGUAAUGCGGUAUGAUUACCUUAGAGGACCAGGUGAUCAAUUCCACAACCCAUACGAUCAUGGCUGUAAGAACAACUGCUCAGAUUUCUUGAUAAAGGGUUACAACGAAGAUAUCGAACUUCUUGAAGCACCAUCAACAGAACACGAAGGAAUCGGGAUGAUACAGCCUCACUGUGGUAACCUUCCAAAUGCCAUCGUCGGCCUUUCUCAUAAAACUAAUGGAAAUGCUCAUGUAGCAAUCGAUGUGAAUAUCAGCAAACAUGAUGGAUACAAUCAUUGUAGCCACCAUGAUCAUAGUCACAGCAGAAAAAUCGAGUCUGGUCCUUUAGGUUUUGGUCGAAAUAGUGCCCGACCUGCAGUAGUUUUUGGCUAACACCAUACUGUUUUAGUUUUUGGUCGAAAAUGUUUGUCUUUGUGCUGCGCCUGCUGUGUGUAGCUACACGCGACGAAAGUGUCUGUAAUAUGCUUAAUUUUGUUUAAAACUAGUAGAGAGUACGUUUAAAAAUGUGUACAAUAGAGACAACUAACUAUGAAAGUAUAGUGCAGAUGUUCUUUCAGAUAUUUUACG